UUGUGACUUUGAUUCUUGCAGCAAGAUGUUCUUCUGAUAUGCUCGAACGCAAUGAAGUAUAAUGCACCAGAUACUAUUUACUUUCGACAGGCACGUUCAAUGCAAGAGCUGGCUAAAAAGGACUUUGAGAAUUUGAGGCAGGAUAGUGAUGAGGGUGAACCACAACCAAAGGUCGUGAGGAGAGGACGGCCACCUGGAAAGAGCCUCAAAAAGUCAUUGGAGUCAUCUUCUUUGGACCGUGUUGGUUCUGAGUUUUCUUCAGGUGCAACUCUAGCUACAGGACCAGAUGCUUCCAGCCUUUCAAACACUUACAAUUUAAGGAAAGGACCUAGUUCACAUAAGCUCCGGCCUGCCGAUACAUUAGUCAGGCCCUCCUGGGGUUCUCAUAGCAAUGAAAAUCAUGCCAGCUGGUCAUCUGAAUGGGAGAACGAAUUUCCAGCUUCUGUUGUGAAGGCUGUGAUGAAGUAUGGGAAGAAACAUUUUCCAGUAGAUGAGAACAAGCGUGACACCUACAACCCUUCAUCGACUUGUGGACAUGAGCAGCCUAUCUUUUCCACAUUGGAUGAAGAAUUGAAGCAACUGAUUCCGGUUGGUCUGAGUGCAGAAAAUGGUUAUGCUACAAGCUUGGCACGUUUUGCUGCAGAUCUUGGACCUGUUGUUUGGAAAAUUGCUUCAAAGAAAAUUGAAAGUGUUUUGCCUAGUGGACUGAAGUUUGGUCCUGGAUGGGUAGGAGAAAACAGGACAAUAGAGCAGCCACAACUUUCAUUUUCUGAAAAGCAAAAAUCUUCAAAUUCUCUUUCUGAUCAGCAUUCUAGCAGGCUUUUUUCUCCUCCAGCUACUUCAGGUUCAAACUCAAUUGCUGGAAGUAGAUUUCCUUUGCAAGGUAGAGAAGACACAGAAACUGUCAGGCGACUAAGUUCUCAAAAUGACUUUACUUCACUAUAUAGCAAAGUUGGUGACAUUAAGUCUGCACCUCCUCAUCAGUUUCAGCAGAGACCUUUAUUGCAUUCGGGUAUCAAUGGUUCUAUUGGUGGAUUUGGGAUUGGUUAUCCUCCUCAAAUGAGAUUGCUAACACAGCCUGGGAAUCUCUUGUCUGAAAAGACUUCAGUGACUUCUCAAACACAUGGCAUGGUUUCAGGUAGCAGCUCCGCCAUGUGCCCGAUGCCUGCUAAUGAUUUUCUUUCAAACGAGGCUAAGUUUGCAGAUAGUUCAACUACUUCACAUUCUGGAAAUACAAUGGCUGUAGGUCCUGACCUGGCAUCACAUGCAGCAACUAAUGUUGGGCUUCUGCAGAAAUCCUAUAAUCAACAAGAUAUCCUUCCAUUUCCCCCGGAUCUUAAUGUGAGAUUCCUGGCACCAGGUUCACCUAGUUCUAGUGUACCAAUUGGUUCACCCCAGCACCCGGAUUUAGCAUUGCAACUCUGAUAAUUGGCAUCAUUAUUUCCAUAUGAUUUGACAUAAGGUAAUUGCAGUGUUAGGUCUUUGCCUGUAUAUGAAUGAAAAUAUGGAGCCGAAGUUAUCACAUUUUUCAUUGGAUGGUUCACUGAGUAGGAGUUCCUCAAGAAGUCGUAAGAUCAGAUGGUAGGAAAAAUUUGUACAGAUUGAUAUAUCAAAAUUUUUCAAAAGGUUGAAAACAAAGAAUCCACAGAUUUAUAUGUGACAUCUGACUCGAUGUUUAGAUAUUCUGAGUUGUUCAGUUGAAAACAGGAACAUGAAAAUAUAGAAGCUCAAAAAUAGAAAAGUGGAGCAGACUGUUAAUUUGUUAACUUGAUGAUUCCCACUGUUUAUUUGCUUUUGUUGAAAAUGUGUAUGUGAGUGAGAUGUUAAUUGGAAUUAUUUGGGGGUCGUUCAAGGUACACAAAGUUGAUGUUGUAAAUAAGAGAAUAGGCUUAUGGUCUUUGCUCUGUUUA